AUGUCGUCGAUCCUACUCUCCGUCCCUUCAGAGAUCCAUCUCGCCAUAUUCAAGGCCCUCGACAGUCCCCUCGACAUCAUAAACCUCUCUUCGACAUGCCGUUCCCUCCGCGGCCUGCUCACGUCCAACACACAAACCCUGCUCCGCAAAGCAGCCUCGCGGCGUUUCCUCAUGUUCGACGACUGCCUACGUGCCGCGCGGGCCAGCAAGCUCCCCCUCGAGUGGGAAGGGAACCAUUUCGACCUCGCCGAGAACCGCUACCCAGCCCCGCCCACAAAGGCCUUCUGCGAGGGCCUCGCCGCGGCACCCCCCACCUUCGACGAGCUCUUCACGGUCAGGCAGAUCAGCCGCAUGCUCGCGGGCUGGCUCAGCCGGUUCCGGGAGAUUGUGCAGAUCGAGUGGAUCACCGAGCACGGCGAGGAGAGCUUCUACCGUGCGGGCGCCAGAUACCUGGUGAUGAGCUAUCUCUUCUCGGGGGCCUUUCUCGAGCCUCUCCGGGGCCGGAAGCGGCCGGGUCACGGUACUGCCGACGACGAGGUUGAUGGGGUGACGCGCUUCCCGCCGUACCAUGCGGCGGACCCCGACUGGCGGUAUGCCCAGCUGGAGAGUCUCUACGGCGGCUUCAUCGAGUGGAUUUUCGAGGAGGGGGAGAAGCAGGAGCCCCUCAAGAGCUGGACAUCUGCACGCGACAGCAAGAAUCUCAACUUUAACCCGUUCCGCAAGAUCCUGAGGAGCCUGCUUGGGAUGGGUCCCGAGCUGAAGCCGAGGAUGUCUUAUGGCGUGCUCGCGGAGGUGUCGUGUGUUGUGAUGGAAGGAGCCGAGUCCAGCGAGCACAGUCUCCGUCUCUGCCACUUUGGCGAAUUCCGGCCCAAGUUCGAACACCGCUCCGACCGCACGGGCUGGGACCUUGUCGUGGGCUACCUGGCGUGCCCCGAUUACGCGGCAGAGGAGUUUCUGGCCCCUACCCGCGUCCUCCAGGAUGUCUUUCGCCCUCCAUCGAGCUUGAACGAUGAGGACGAGGUCUACAGGCCGUACAUGGACCUUUUCCGGAUUGCGUUCAAAAAUCGAAAGAUUGCCUUCUAUCGCGAGCCACAUUCGCGCUUUAGAGGACAUGCCAACUUCUUUUUGUAUGAUCGCAGCGCUGAGGCUUGA